AUGCUUAACAUCCACUUCUGCCCUGAUGACCAGUUCCUCCACAACCACCAAGAGCCCUUGUCCAGCAACCUCUGCCUUCACCAGGCCAACAGCAACUACCCCAACCACAGCUGUUCCAACCACCACGACCGCUCCAACCACUACCAGUCCCACUCCUACUACAAGUGCUGCUCCAACACCCACGAGCUCCACUCCAAACACCACUGUUUCUCCAACCACUACAAGUGCUGCUCCAACUACAAGUGCUGCUCUAACCCGCACGAGCGCUGCUCCAACCACCACAGUUGCUCCAACCACCACAGUUGCUCCAACCACUAUCAGUUCUAUUCCAACUACAAGCCCUGCUCCAACCAGCACAGGCGCUGCACCAACUACAAGCACUUCUCUUACCACCACGGGCACCCCUCCAACCACCACUACCGCUGCCGCAACCACCACGCACACCACUCCAACCAUCACAACCACCACUCCAACCACAAGAACUUCUCCAACUACUACAAGCACCGCUCCAACAACCCCAAGCACCGCUCCAACCACCACGAGCACCGCUCCAACCCCCACGAGCGCUGCUACAAGCACUCCAACCACCUCACCAACCUCAAGCACUGCUCCCUCGACUACGAGCACUUCUCCAUCGACCACAAGCACCCCUCCAACCAACACUACUGCACCCACAACCACUGCUCCAACCAGCAUGAGCGCCGCACCAACUACAAGCAACACUCCAACCACCACAAGCUCCAGUCCAACCACCACCAUCCCAGCCCCAACCACAAACAUUGCCCCAUCCACCACGAGCACCACUCCAACCACCAGAGUUGCUCCAACGACUAUCAGUUCUACUACAACUACAAGCACUGUUCCAACCAGCAUGAGCGCCGCACCAACUCCAACCACCACGAGCACCGCUCCAACCACCAUGAGUAUGGCUCCAACCAUCACUGCCGCUCCAACCACUACCACAACUGCACCAACCACCAAUGCUGCUCCAACAGUUACCACUUCUGCUCCAACCACAAGCAUUGCUCCAACCACUGCCAGUGGUUCUCCACCCACAAGCACUUCUCCAACCACCAAAAGCGCUUCUACAACCACUACUGCUACUCCAACCACUACAAGUGCCGCUCCAACUACCAGCGGUACUCCAACCACCACAGUUGCUCCACCAUCUUCCAGUGCUUCUCCAACUACAAGUACUGCUCCAACAACCAUGAGCGCCGCACCAACUACAAGCACUGCUCCAACCACGAAAAGCGCAUCUACAACCACUACUGCUGCUCCAACCACUACGGGUGCCGCUCCGACUACAAGUGCUGUUCCAACCACCAUGAGCAUCACUCCAACCACAACUACCGCCGCUCCAACCAUGAGCACUUCCCCAAUCACCAUGAGCACCCCUCCAACCACCACAGUCGCUCCAAGAUCUACCAGUGCUUCUCCAACUACAAGCGCUGCUACAACAAGCACGAGCGCCGCAGCAACCACCACAGUCGCUCCAACCACUACACUGCUCCAACAACCACGAACGCUUCUACAACCACCAUGAGCACUUCCCCAACCACCACGAGCACCCCUACAACCACCACAGUCGCUCCAACGACUAGCAGGACUUCUCCAACUACAAGCGCUGCUACAACCAGCAUUAGCGCCGCUCCAACUACAAGCACUGCUCCAACCAGCAUGAGCGCCGCAUCAACUACUAGCACUGCUCCAACCACCACAAGCACUCCUCCAACCACAACUACAUCCGCACCAACCACAAUCUCUUCUCCAACCACCACGACUACUGCUCCAACCACCACAGUCGCUCCAACCACUAGCAGUACUUCUCCAAAUACAAGCACUGCUCCAACAACCACGAGCGCUUCUACAACCACCAUGAGCACUUCCCCAACCACCACAAGCACCCUUCUAACCACCACAGUCGCUCCAACCACUAGCAGUAAUUCUCCAACUACAAGCACUGCUCCAACAACCACGAGCGCUUCUACAACCACCACGAACACUUCCCCAACCACCAUGAGCACCCCUCCAACCACCACAUUCGCUCCAACCACUAGCAGUGCUUCUCCAACUACAAGCGCUGCUGCAACCAGCACGAAUGGCGCACCACCUAUAAGCACUGCUCCAACAACCACGAACGCUUCUACAACCACCAUGAGCACUUCCCCAACCACCACGAGCACCCCUACAACCACCACAGUCGCUCCAACGACUAGCAGGACUUCUCCAACUACAAGCGCUGCUACAACCAGCAUUAGCGCCGCUCCAACUACAAGCACUGCUCCAACCAGCAUGAGCGCCGCAUCAACUACUAGCACUGCUCCAACCACCACAAGCACUCCUCCAACCACAACUACAUCCGCACCAACCACAAUCUCUUCUCCAACCACCACGACUACUGCUCCAACCACCACAGUCGCUCCAACCACUACGAGCGCUUCCCCAACCACCACAAGCACCCUUCUAACCACCACAGUCGCUCCAACCACUAGCAGUAAUUCUCCAACUACAAGCACUGCUCCAACAACCACGAGCGCUUCUACAACCACCACGAACACUUCCCCAACCACCAUGAGCACCCCUCCAACCACAACUACAUCCGCACCAACCACAAUCUCUUCUCCAACCACCACGACUACUGCUCCAACCACCACAGUCACUCCAACCACUACCAGUGCUUCUCCAACUACAAGCACUGCUCCAACAACCAAGAGCGCAUCUACAACCAACACGAGCACUUCCCCAACCACCACAAGCACCCUUCUAACCACCACAGUCGCUCCAACCACUAGCAGUAAUUCUCCAACUACAAGCACUGCUCCAACAACCACGAGCACUUCUACAACCACCACGAACACUUCCCCAACCACCAUGAGCACCCCUCCAACCACCACAGUCACUCCAACCACUACCAGUGCUUCUCCAACUACAAGCACUGCUCCAACAACCACAAGUGCUUCUACAACCACCACUGCUGCUACAACCACUACCGGUGCCGCUUCAACUACAAGCACUGCUCCAACCAGUACAAGCGCUUCUACAACCACCACUGCUGCUCCAACAAGUACCGGUGCUGCUCCAAGUACAACCAGUGCUUCUCCAACUACAACUGCUGCUCCAACCACCACAGUCGCGCCAACGUCUACCAGUGCUUCUCCAACUACAAGCACAAGCGCUUCUACAACCACCACUGCUGCUACAACCACUACCGGUUCCGCUCCAACUACAAGCACUGCUCCAACCACUACAAGCGCUUCUACAACCACCACUGCUGCUCCAACCACUACUGGUGCCGCUCCAACUACAAGCGCUGCUCCAACAACCACCAGCGCUUCUACAACCACCACGAGCACCCCUCCAACCACAACUACUGCUGCACCAACCACAAUCUCUUCUCCAACCACCACGACUACUGCUCCAACCACCACAGUCACUCCAACCACUACGAGCGCUUCUACAACCACCACGAGCACCCCUCGAACCACCACAGUUUCUCCAACCACUACCAGUGCUUCUCCAACUACAAGCGCUGCUCCAACCACCACCAGCGCUGCUCCAACCACCACCAGCGCUUCUACAACCACCACGAGCACCCCUCCAACCACAAGUACUGCUGCACCAACCACAAUCUCCUCUCCAACCACCACGACUACUCCUCCAACCACCACAGUCACUCCAACCACUACCAGUGCCGCUCCAACUACUAGCACUGCUCCAACCACUACAAGCGCUUCUACAACCACCACUGCUGCUCCAACCACUACUGGUGCCGCUCCAACUACAAUCUCUUCUCCAACCACCACGACUACUGCUCCAACCACCACAGUCACUCCAACCACUACGAGCGCUUCUACAACCACCACGAGCACCCCUCGAACCACCACAGUUUCUCCAACCACUAGUAGUACUUCUCCAACUACAAGCGCUGCUCCAACCACCACCAGCGCUGCUCCAACCACCACCAGCGCUUCUACAACCACCACGAGCACCCCUCCAACCACAACUACUGCCGCACCACAAGACUGCCGCACCAAUUACAAGCGCCACUCCAACCACCACGAGUACCGCCUCCACCACUACAGCCUCUCCAACCACCACGAGCACUGCUCCAACCACAGCCACUGCUUUUACUACCACAACUGCCGCUCCAACCACCACAGCCGCUCCAACCACCACAAGUGCUCCUCCAUCAACCACCAGUACUCCUCCAACUACAAGCGCUGCUAUAACCAGCACGAGAGCUGCUCCAACUACCACAGCAACUCAAACUGCAUUCACCUGCAAGCGAUGCAGAAAUCGCUCCAACCGUCCCCAGUGGUUGGCACUUGUAUCUCCAACUACAAGUGCCACUCCAACCAGCACGGACACUGCUGUAAUCACCACAAGCACUUUUCCAACCACGAAACACAUAGCUCCAACCACCACAAGCACUGCUCCAACUACAAGCGCAGGUCUAACUCCCGCAGGUCCAACCACCGCAGGUCCAACCACCACAACAACUUUGACCGCAGCUCCAACCACCACAAGCACCGCUUCAACAACUUUGACUACAGUUCCAACCACCAUGAUCACCCCUACAACCUCUACCAGUGUCGCUACAACUACAAGUGCUCCAACCAGCACGUCCACUGGACCAACUACAACCCCCACUCCAACUGCUCCAACCACCACAGUAGCUCCAACCACCACCAGUGCCGCUACAACACAAGCACCACUCCAACCACAACGAGCACCGCUCCCACUACAAGCGACAAUCCAACCACCACCAGUGCCGCUACAACCACAAGCACCACUCCAACCACCACGAGCACCGCUCCCACUAAAAGCAACAAUCCAACCACUACAAACACCGCUCUAACCACCACGAGCAUGCCUCUAACCAACACAGCCCACUGCUGCAACUACCAGUGCAGCUCCGACCACUAUCAGUGCCGCUCCGACUACAAGUUACUCAUAGAGUACAAGUGUCUCUCCAACCACCACGAGCACCCUUCGAGCCACCGCAGCCAUUCCAACAAAUACCAGUGCUGUUCCAACCAAAGGGUCCUCUCCAAUCACCUCCCCAGCUGCUCCAACCACCAGUGCCACUUUAAACUCCACAAAGACUGCUACAACCCCCACAGCCGCAGCAGCCACCACCACUGCCGCUCCUACGAUAAGAGGUGCUUCAUCUACAAGCACCACCACAAGCACUGCUCCAACCACCACAACCGCUCCAACCCCAAUUAG